AUGUUUCCAGGUGUUACCAACGUCGCCUGCUCACUACUCGGAGCAUCAAACAAGCCCAAAUCCGCUGCUCAUCUGGAGAAGGACUUGAGCAAAGCUGUGCGCGCUGAAGGGCCUCCAGAUGAAAACCUCUGGUACGGCCAAGAGAACCGGAACAUUACGCACCGAAACCACGGUGCGGAUGUUGCUGAUGGAGUUUUCUUCUGUUACAAAUGCAAUACCGAAAACCGCAUGAUUCACUACCGAGGGGAUCACCCAUUCAAACGCUUGGUAUGCCGUGUAUGUGACCGGGUUUACUCCAAAGGAUGUGCGACCUCAAACAUCCUGCAAGUUGGCGUCACAAAGCCAUCACAGCAACCUAGCCGCGAACUGCGUAUCGGCCAGUUGUGUCCCGAUUGCGGGCUGACGCACCGCGCAGUGACGAGGGACGGCAUGGUAUCAUUUGAUACUACAUGUGUCUGUGGCAACGUGGCGGAUGAGUCUUGGAUCCGCUUCUCCAUAGGAAGUGCCAUGGACCACCGCUGCGACCCCAUUAACUUUCCAACAGAAUUGAACCUCGGUCAUAAGACGAAGGUUAUCGAACAGCAUAACCGCACCAAAAAGCAAAAGCGCGUCGAGCAGCAGAUGCCUAUCGAGAAGACGCGCAUCGUUCCACUCUUCACGGAAAAGGCUGGCAAAGCAACACCGACAGCACCGUUAUGUCGCCAAAAGGUUGUAUACUGCGGCGGCAAGCAGUAUAGGGUAGAAAUGCAUCGAGUCCGAAUACAUUCAUAUCCUGUCCAAGGUUAUGAUGCUUGA